AUGGCUACCUUUAAAUAUUGUCUAGAUUGUAACAACUUAUUAUACCCCAAAGAAGAUAAAAACAAUAGAAAAUUGCUAUUUGCAUGUCGUAAUUGUGAAUAUGAGGAAGAUGCAGAGAAUUACUGUGUUUAUCGACAUGAAAUUGUUCACGCACCUUCGGAGCAAACCAUGGUGUUGCACGAUUUGGGAACAGAUCCUACUCUUCCACGAGCCAAUAUCAACUGUCCUCGCUGUGGACACCCAGAAGCUGUGUUUUUCCAAUCUUCGUCUAGACGAGCAGAAGCAAAGAUGACAUUAUUUUAUGUUUGUGCAAACAAAGGCUGUGGACAUCGUUGGACUGGAUAA